GCCGCGGCCCCGCGGGUCGGUGCUUCCCUUCCCAGCCCUCCGAGAUGCCGCAGCCUCUCCUGGGCCUGGCAGCGGCCGGGCCGGCGCGGGGGCCUUCCCCAAGGGGAGAGGAAAAGGGAGAAAAGCUGGACACCUCCCCCCCCCCCCCGGCCCGGUAGGAGCCUCACGCUGCCCGUCCCGCUCGGGCUUGGCCCCGGGCACCGGCCAGUAACGCUGCUCAGCCGAGGAGCCGCGCCCGGGAGGAGCGGCCUGAUGCCCGUGUCGCAGGCCGGGCGCUGAAGAAGGAUGGAGGAGUUAAGCAACGUGCCCAAGGCCGGUGGCAGAGCCAGAGCUAAUAUAGCUGUUGGAGAGUGAGUCGGAUUAAUUCUGAGCACGUGCUUCAUCAACAUACUUGGUAAAUGCAGAAGAUUGAGAAUGCUGUGAAGACAAGAACCAUAAGAAAAUUUUUCAGGUUAAGUGUUAAAAUUGGAGGCUGUCAUGGAAGAGAUUCCAGUUAAAGUUGCUGUAAGAAUAAGACCUCUGCUUUCCAAAGAGAUUCUUCAUAACCAUCAAGUAUGCAUGAGAUUGGUCCCAAACACACAACAAGUUAUCAUUGGGAAAGACCGUGUCUUCACGUUUGAUUUUGUAUUUGGCAAAAAUUCAACCCAAGAUGAAGUUUAUACAACUUGCAUUAAGCCUUUAGUGGUUUCUUUGAUUGAAGGAUAUAAUGCUACAGUUUUUGCUUAUGGACAGACAGGGUCUGGGAAGACGUACACCAUUGGUGGAGGUCACAUUGCAUUGGUUGGAGAGGAUGAAAAAGGUAUUAUUCCACGUGCUAUACAGGAACUAUUUCAGAGCAUCUCUGAAAACCAUAAUAUUGACUUCAGUGUGAAAGUAUCUUAUAUAGAGGUCUACAAGGAAGAACUCAGAGAUCUGCUGGAGUUAGAGACUUCUAUGAAAGAUUUACACAUCAGAGAAGAUGAAAAGGGAAACACAGUGAUUGUUGGUGCCAAGGAUUUCCAAGUGGAAAGCGUGGAUGAAGUGAUGAGCCUUUUAGAAAGUGGGAAUGCAGCUCGCCACACAAGUACGACACAAAUGAAUGAGCACUCCAGCCGAUCUCAUGCUAUUUUUACCAUCAAUAUUUGUCAGCAACGACCUGCACAGUCUCUGAAAAAUGUAGCUGCUGCGCAAGAUUUCUCUCUGAGAUCAGGCCAGAUCAUUGCUUCUAAGUUUCACUUUGUGGACUUGGCAGGAUCAGAAAGGGUGACAAAAACAGGGAACACUGGUGAACGGUUCAAGGAAUCAAUUCAGAUCAAUAGUGGCUUAUUGGCUUUGGGAAAUGUGAUAAGUGCUCUUGGAGACCCAAAGAGAAAGAGUGUACAUAUCCCAUAUAGGGAUGCUAAAAUUACUCGUAUUCUGAAAGACUCCUUAGGAGGAAACGCCAAGACGGUCAUGAUAACAUGUAUAAAUCCAUCCUCAUCUGACUUUGAUGAGUCUUUAAAUUCCCUCAAAUAUGCCAACAGAGCCAAGAAUAUUAGAAAUAAACCAGUUGUAAACUACAACCCUGAGCGGGACCGGAUUGAUGAAAUGGAACUUGAGAUCAAGUUGCUCCGGGAAGCUUUGCAGAAUCAGCAGGUUAGUGUAAUGAACCGUGCUAGCCAGGGAUCACAGGAUAUGAGUGAAGAUAGGACUCGAAUUCAUUCUCUUGAAGAGCAGCUUUCCCAGCUUCAGGUGGAAUGUUUCAACUACAGAAAUUGCAUAGAGGAAGCGUUUCCCUUUUUAGUUGAACUAAAUGAUAUUUCCAGCCUAACAAGGCGUCAACAAGAGAAGCUGCAGGAUUGGAUCAACAUGGCACAGGAGCUAAGGAAGGUAGCUCUCGUCAUGCCACGAACUGAUAGUGGAAUUGGAAGUGAUCAAGAAGAGCCACAUCAUAUCACAAUUCUUCAACUGAAGAGGGAACUAAAAAAAUGCCAGCAGGCUUUAGCUACAGACGAAGAAGUAUUCGGUCAAAAGGAGCUUGAGCUGAAGGUAUUACAGGAUCAAAUACUGACAAUGAUACAGGAAAACCAAGAACAUCUAGAAUCUCUUAAAGAGGCACAAGAAACAAAUAAAUUACAGAAUGAGAAAAUGGUGGAACAGCAACUCCUUAUAGAUCAGCUGAAAGAUAAGUUAGAGAAGCUUACUGUGACUACAGCCUCAUUAUCCAGAGGUGCUUGUGGAGAUGGGCCAGCUGCUGUGACAUCUGCAAGAAGACCAUAUAGUGUGCCACUCACUAAUAGUUUAGUACAUUCCAUUCAUGUGGCUACAGGACUGGAGUCCCGAAAGGUACACACCAGCCCUCCUACUUAUUCACUGGCCCGAGUAAUGGCUGGAUUUCAGACUCGCAGGCAAAUUAUAUUGGGUCAUAUAGAAGACCAAGAUGAAGUCCUUCACUGCCACUUCUCUGAUCAUAGUGAUGAAGAAGAAAGGAACACAGACAGCAAAAAGAAAUCAGCAUUUAGGCGUUCCAUAAACCGCACAUGGACACGAAAACAAACUCUUCUUUGUUCUCCCCUUCAACUGACUGAUCUACAGUUCCAAAUGCACAAGUCCAGUUUAUCAAAUGAAACCAUACUGCAGACUGACACUGUCACAGGUGAAGAGAUUGAAUGCCAUCCUAAGAGUCGUGUAAUAAACAUGCAGAAAUUAAAGAAUUCAGAGCUGAGACUCACCGAGGCCAAGCAAAAGAUGAGAGAACUUGCACUUAAUAUCAAAAUGAAGGAGGAACUCAUUAAAGAAAUAGUAAAAACAGGCAAUGAUGCUCAGUCUGUAAGCAGGCAGUACUCUUUGAAAAUAACUAAACUGGAACAUGAAGGUGAGCAGGCCAAGAUGGAAUUAGCUGAAACACAAAAGCAGUGUCAGGAGCUGGAGAACAAGGAGCUGAGAGACGUUGCAGAGAAAGCCAAGUUACAAAAAGAGUUUCGGAAGAAAAUGGAUGCAGCUAAAUUAAAAGUGCAGGUCUUACAGAAGAAGCAGCAGGACACUAAGAAGUUGGCAUCAUUAUCCACCCAAAAUGAGAAACGGGCUACAGAACUUGAGCAGACUGUGAAUCAUAUGAGGCAUCAGCAGGCCCAGCUACAGAAAAGACUGCGAGAGGAGAGUGAAAAAAAGAAAGUUCUUGAGGCAGAGAUUGCAAGGGACCAACAGCAAAUCAAAGAACUUCAGUUAAAGACAGAGCAACAGCAGAAAAUUCUCAAACUUAAAAAUGAAGAGAUUGCUGUUUUUAAAAAGAAGAAAAACUUGGCAGAAACUUCACAGCAGUUACAGAAACAGGAAGAGCAAAGGAAAUGGUUAGAUGAAGAACUAGAGAAGGUUCUGCAUCAACGUCAAGAAUUAGCAGAACUGGAAGAAGACUUAAAGAAAAGAGAAGAUAUCAUAAACAAGAAAGAAGCGUUGUUACAAGAGAAAAGCCAUUUGGAAAUCAAGAAACUAAGAUCUAGCCAGGCCUUAAACAAAGAUAGCUUGAAAUUAUCUACCCGCCUGAGUAUGCUGGACAAGGAAUUGUGUGAUAAAAGUGUGCAGCUCCAGACCAGUGCCAGUGAAGAGAAGAGACAGAUUUUGGAAGAAGUUCAGGUUCUUCAGAAAGAAAGGGACCAGCUGCUCAGAAGAAGAAAUAGUGUGGAUGAGAAACUUAAAGAUGGUAGAGUGUUGUCCCCUGAAGAAGAACAUGCCCUUUUCCAACUGGAAGAAGGGAUUGAAGCUUUGGAGGCCGCCAUUGACUACAAGAAUGAAAAUAUUCAGAAUCGCCAGCACUCACUUAGAGGCUCAUCUCAAAUCCUUACACAGAGCGAGGCCAAUGUAAUGGGAAAACUAGUUUCCCUGUCUGCUACUGAGCUUAGAGCUAUUCUCUUCAGAUACUUCAACAAGGUUGUUAGCCUACGUGAGGCAGAACGUAAAUUACAGCUGCAGACUGAAGAGCUGGAAAUGAGAGUCAUAGAACAGGAAAACGUAAUACGUGAACUGGAAUCGGCACUCGAACACCUCACGCUACAGUGUGACAGGCGAAUGACCCUCCAGCAGAAAGAACAUGAACAAAAGAUACAGUUAAUAUUGCAUCAUUUCAAAGAACAAGAUGGUGAAAAUAUUGGAGAAACCCUUAAACUGUAUGAAGCUAAAGUCGAACAAUUGGAAAAAGACUUGUUCUUCUAUAAGAAAACCAGCAGAGAACUAAAGAAGAAACUGAAGGAGCUGGUGGGAGAGUCAUUUUAUCAGCUGGUGGCACCAACUAAAUAUAAUGAUGCUGCUAACAGGAUACUGAGCCAAGAAGCAGGAAUUUCUUCAGAAGAAUUCAAAUUGACAUCCAAACCUGAAAGUAACAAACUAUCAGGAAAAUUAAGAGAGACAGACAGCCCAGCAAAUGGUUUAAGGUGGUGGCAGAAUUCAUACAGGCUUGAAGAAGAUGUUUCAGAGCUAGUACACAAUAGAGGGUGUUUAUCAAGUAGUACUGAAGACCAACCAGGACCAGAUGAAGUACUCCCUUCAAAAUCUCAUCCUCAACUAUUCUCUCAUUCUCAGACAAAAGAGAUCAUAACACAGCUUCAAGGAGUAACUCCAGUAAAACUGUCUCGCCGAGAAUUACGGCAUAUUCCUGCGUCCGAACUCUCACUGAGGCGUUCCAGCCUUGGAGUUGGUAUCAAUUCUGUUGCUGCAGAUUCCAUUGAAAUGUCCAGAAAAUCUAAUGAUUUCAAGAUAUAGUUAUUCUUUGACACAUUUUUAGCAGCGCAUGCUAUUGGAAUUACUAUAUUACAUUUCCUUUAUUCAUGCACUAGUAAACUAGCAGCCACAUUGUUCUGUAACUUGAUAUUCAGAGCACCAGAGAUAGUAUGUGUCUCUUGCGCUUAUGCAAUUUCAAAGAAUCUGAGACACUUUCUUAUUGGCAUGACCACAAACAGGCACAUGAUUAAAAACCUUUUUAUUCCUGAGAGGGGGGGAAAAAAAAAACUUUUGAAAAAUGCACCAGAACAUUUAGAGUGAUUAGAAAAACCAAGGAGUAAAAAGUUAACAUUAGUGAAGAUUGAAGACUAUUGAAGUGUACAAGAAUAUUCUGAGACUAAGGUAAUUUCACUUUCAUGGUUUAAAAACACAUUAAGGUCCCUGGUAAUUUGCAAAAUACAUAGUUUAAAAGCUUGGCUACUGGACCUUCACCUAGUGAUUGGCAGUGACUAAAUUCCCAUCACUCAUACUACAUAUCUUAUGUAGCAUAUGCUUGAUAUCAGAAUCAGGAUCUAAAACUAAGUUCGUUCCUCAAAAGGCGCAUAUGUAAAUAUUCCAAAUUUUUAUUUUUUCCUCAGUAUUUAAUUAUUUACUCUUAUGUAAGAGUUAUAUUGCAUGAGCCAAACAUGCCUUAAAAACUGUUAAGUCUUUUUUCUUUACAUGUUUAUAUAAACUUUUUUAAGCUCUGUGC